GCGGGGGGGGGGGAAGGGGCUCCGCGCAUGCGCGCAGGCGAGUGGGCGUGGCCGGACGCCGGGGUCCCCCCGCGGGCCUUAAGGGGGGGGGGGGGGGGGGGGAACGGAUGGACAGACGGACCCGCCCCAGGGUGGCGGUACCGGGGGGGGGCCUCACGGGAGUGUGUGUGGGGACACCCCGUUAUCCGGGACCCCCCUGCUCCACCUCGCCGCCCGCCGCCGGCCUAGGCCUCACGGUAGGCCUCGGGUAGGCCUCAGGGUAGGCCCCGGCCUAGACCCCGGUAGAAGCCUGGCCUAAGCCUGGUGUAAGCCCGGCCUAGCUUCCCCCCCCCGCCCGGCCCCGGUCCCCCAGGCGGUCCCGGGGUGUCCCACCCCCUCCCCCAGGCCCCCCCAGGCCCAGGCGUCCGGUCCCCCCCGCCCCCGCCGGCGCCGGGCCCGCCCCGUCCGGCCCUGGUUCCUUUUCCUUUGUCCCGGUGACAAUGUCCCGGCUCCGCCUUCCCGGUGCCGCCUCCAGCCAGCGCGGGCCGGGCCGGGCCGGGCCGGGAACCGCCGACCCCGGGGAACCCGCCGCCGCCCCCCCGGGCCCCCCCCGCCUCUCCCCAGCGCCGCCCCGGGGACGCCGCCGGACGCCGCUGCUUUCCCCCCCACCCCGGGGGGCACCAGGCGGGGACGGGACGGGACGGGGGGGGGACCCGGGACGGGGCGGAGGGACUCCGGGGGCCCGCAGGGGCUGGGAGGGGCCCCGGGGACCCCCGGGGACCUGUAGGGACCCCCAGGGGCCUAUAGAGGCCAUAGGGACCCUUGGGGAUCUAUAGGGACCCCCAGGGACUAUUAGGGACCGCUGGGGACCGUAGGGACCCUCAUGGACUAGUAGGGACCCCCCAGAAACGUAUAGAGACCAUAGACAUAGUUAGGUAUCUAUACAAGAGUCUGGGGGGCUUUUAGGGACCACAGAAUAGUGUAGGGAUUUGUGGCAGCUAUAAAGACCACCAGGGAUCUAUAGGGACCCCCAGGGACCCAUAGGGAUCUCUGGGGAUCUAUAGGGACCAUAAGGAUCCUCUGGGGACCUCUAGGGACCAUAGAGAUCUACAGGGACACAUAGGGAUCAUAGGGAGGGAGCUCUGGGGACCUAUAGGGACCAUCAAGACUUCUGGGGAGCUCUGGGGAUUCCAGGGAUCUAUAGGGACCCCCGGAGACUUCUACAGACCACAGCGGCCCUGGGGACGUCUCGUAGCAGCAAGGUUUGAUAAGGCUCUAUAGAGACUGUAGGAAACCACGGAAACUGUUGGGGGUCUGUAUAGACUGUAGGGGCGCCCGCAUCUGUAGGCACUUACAAAGCCUUAUAGACAUUAAAAAAAACUUAUAGGAGCAAUAAAGGCCCGUAGUUCUUGCAGGUUAUAACGAAUCUGCAGCACCUAUGGAACGCUUAUAGAUCCUGCAGAGGUGUAGCCACACGUGUGGACCCCCAGGAAUCCCCAUAGAGCCCUAUAGGCCCCCCUCAGCUGCCCCAGUGGGACCCUCAGGAGCCAUCAGACCCUACAGGCAGCACCUAUAGGGCCCCAGGUGACCCCAGUGACCCUGAAAAGCUAUAGGGCCCCCAUGGGGUCUCCUGGGCACCUAUAGAACCCCCCCCCCGGCACUUACAGGGCCCCUUCAGACUCCCAUAGGACCCCCCUGAGCACUGCAGGACCCCCCUAAGUACACAUAGGACCACCCAGGCACCUAUAGGCCCCCCAGCCACCCAUAGGACCCCCCUGAGCACCCACAGGACCCCCAGCACCAUCCCUGGGGGCGGGGGGGGAGCACCCCAUGGAGCGGGGGUGGGCAUCCCCCUCCCCAUCCCCCCCAGGGGGGUCCCGCUCCCCUUCCCCCCCCUCCCCAGGAGGGUCCCGUUCCCCCUCCCCCCCCUUCCCAGGGGGUUCCCGCUCCCCCUCCCCAUCCCCCCCAGGGGGGUCCCGCUCUCCCUCGCCCCCCUCCCCAGGAGGGUCCCGCUCCCCUUCGCCCCCAGGGGGGGGUCCAGCGAGGGCGGCUUUCGGGGAGCUGCGGCUGGAGGAGGUGAUCGGGGCGGGGGGCUUCGGGAGGGUCUUCCGGGGGACGUGGCGGGGGGAGGUGGUGGCGGUGAAGGCGGCGCGGGGGGACGCGGGGGCGGCGGGGGCGGCCAGCCUGCGGCGCGAGGCCCGCCUUUACGCCCGCCUGCGGCACCCCAACGUGGUGGCCCUUCGCGCCGUCUGCCUCGAGCCCCCCCACCUCUGCCUCGUGAUGGAAUUCGCGGCGGGGGGACCCCUGUCGCGGGCGCUGGCGGGGCGCAGGGUGCCCCCCGCCGUCCUCCUGGACUGGGCGCGGCAGGUGGCGCGCGGGAUGCGGUACCUGCACGCCGGGACCCCCGUCCCCCUCAUCCACCGCGACCUCAAGUCCAGCAACGUGCUGCUGGCGCAGCGGGUGGAGGGGGACGACGUGAGCGGGAAGACGCUGAAGAUCACCGACUUCGGCCUCGCGCGCGAGUGGCAGCGCACGACGAAGAUGAGCGCGGCCGGCACCUACGCGUGGAUGGCGCCCGAGGUCAUCCGCGCCUCCACCUUCUCCAAGGGCAGCGACGUCUGGAGUUACGGGGUGCUGCUGUGGGAGCUGCUGACGGGGGAGGUGCCGUACCGGGGCAUCGACGGGCUGGCCGUGGCCUACGGCGUGGCCGUCAACAAGCUGACGCUGCCCAUCCCCUCCACGUGCCCCCAGCCCCUCGCCCAGCUCAUGGCAGCGUGCUGGGAGCAGGACCCCCACCGGCGGCCGGGCUUCGGGAGCAUCCUGCGGCGGCUGUCGGGGCUGGAGCCGGGGGGGCUGGGGCCCCCCGAGUCCUUCCACUCCCUGCAGGAGAGCUGGCGCCGCGAGAUCCAGGGGCUCUUCGACGAGCUGCGGGCGCGGGAGAAGGAGCUGCGCAGCCGGGAGGAGGCGGUGGCGCGGGCCUCGCGGGCGCAGCGCAGCCAGGCCGAGGCGCUGCGGCAGCGGGAGGCGGCCGUGGCCCGCCGGGAGCUCGAGGUGCUCGAGCGGGAGCUCAGCCUCAUGCUGCGGGGACCCCCCCGGCCCCCCCCGGCCCCCAAGCGACGGCGACCCCCCUUCCGGCGGCCCCGACGGCCCGCCGACCACAUCGGCAUGCCCCAGGACUUCAAGCACCGCCUGACGGUCCAGGCCGCGCCGGGGGGGGACCCCCGGAUCCGCGACCCCCAGGAGGGGCCGGGGGGGGCGUCGCCGCCCUUCCCCCGCCUGCGCGCCAUCCAGCUGGAACCGGAGGAGGAGGAGGAGCCGCCGCGGGGGCUCGGGGGGCCGGAGCGGCGCGGGGGGAAGGGCGGCGCCCCCAACGGCAGGCGGCGGCUGCGGCCGGAAGAGACCACCUGGUACCUGGACGCCGACGAGCUCAGCCCGGGGGAUGCGGCCCCCAACGGCGAGGCCGGGACCCCCGAGCCCGAGGAGGGGCGGGGGGAGCGCGGGGGGACCCCGCGGCUGCUGCGGCGGGCGCUGCUGCGCGGCUCGGCCCUGCUGGCGUCGCUGGGGCUGGGGCGGGAGCUGGCCCCCGCCGAGACCCCCCGCAGCCCCCCGCCCUCCCCCGGCCUGCUCCGCCUCUCCCCCCGCCGGCCCGCCCGCACCCCCGGCACCCCCGAGGUGGGGCGGGCUCGCGCCCCCCGGGGUCCCCCCGAGCUCAGCUCACCCGGGACCCCCGAGCCGAGCCGCGCCCGGACCCCCGGCUCCCCGGAGCUGAGCUUGCCCGGGACCCCCGGACGAGGGUCCCCGGAUCCGAGCCGAGCCCGGACCCCCGGGAGCCCGGAGCCAGCUCAGGCCCGGACCCCCGGGACCCCCGAGCAGGGGCGAGCCCCGGACCCCGGGGACCCUGGAGUUGAACUGGCCCCGGACCCCCGGGACCCCUGAGCUGGGUCGUGCCCGGACCCCCGGGACCCCCGAGCAGGGGCGAGCCCGGACCCCCGGGACCCUGGAGUUGAACUGGCCCCGGACCCCCGGGACCCCUGAGCUGGGUCGUGCCCGGACCCCCGGGACCCCCGAGCAGGGGCGAGCCCGGACCCCCGGGACCCUGGAGUUGAACUGGCCCCGGACCCCCGGGACCCCUGAGCUGAGCCGCGCCCGGACCCCCGGGACCCCCCGAGAAAGGGGGAGCCCGGACCCCCGGGACCCCUGAGCCAAGCCGUGCCCGGACCCCCGGGACCCCUGAGAAAGGGGGAGCCCGGACCCCUGGGACCCCCGAGCCAAGCCGUGCCCGGACCCCCGGGACCCCCGAGCUGCAGCCGUCGCCCCCUGGGUGCCCGGAGACCCCGCGAGCUGAGCCCGGGCGCUGGGACCCCCCGCGUGGGGUAAGUGGGGCUGGGGUC